CAAAAGUGCACAAAAGCUAUCAAAAUUAAAUAUUGUGAUUGCUUGGAAAUAAAAAUAGGAAUAACAUCAUGCCAGGCUCUGUCGAAAAUGUGACUGAAAGUGAGAUGACAGAAAUGAAUUAUCAGUAUUACACAGAUGAUUAUUCAAACACAUCAAGUCAGAAUCAUACAAAUGCCACACAUGAUAAAUCUGAACAUGAUUUGGGAAUUGAGAUUGCAUAUUUAAUAGGAGAUUUUUUAACGCACUAUUACACACCCGCUUUGGUGUUGAUAGGAACAACUGGAAAUAUUUUAUCUGUAAUUGUCUUCUUUAAAACUAAGCUAAGAAAGCUCUCGUCGAGUUAUUAUUUAGCUGCUUUGGGAAUAAGUGAUUCGUGCUUUUUACUUGGUGCAUUUGUGUCGUGGUUAAAUUAUUACAAUAUAAAUAUUUAUAAUCGGGACUAUUAUUGUCAAUUCUUCACAUAUGUCAGUGGAUUAUGUAGUUUUUUAUCUGUUUGGUUUGUGGUAGCAUUCACAGUUGAGAGAUUUAUAGCUGUACUUUAUCCUUUAAAACGACAAACAAUAUGUACUGUUAAAAGAGCUUGUACAGUUUUAUUUGUGCUAUGCGUCUUGGGAUGUUUGAUUAACAUACCCUGUCUUCUAUAUGCAGCCCCACAAUACUCAAUUUAUUUAAACGAGUAUGUUUGUGAUGUCAAGGAAGAUUAUAAGUAUCAAAUGCAAAUAUUUAAUUACAUAGAUACAGCAAUUGUUUUCGUAUUGCCAUUUACAACAAUUGUGAUUUUAAACACCUUUACAGCAGCAGCUGUAUGGAAAGUUGCCGGUGUAAGGAGAACUAUGACUUUACAAAAAAGAGUUAAUGAAUUUCGGAGUACUGUCAACAAUCACUCGAAUACCAAUUCUCUAUACAAGGAGCACAACUUUAACAUUAAUUUACAUGGGAAGAAAAACUUAGCACUGAAAAAGACUGGAAAUUCAUCGCAAAUAAAAGUGACCAAAAUGCUUUUGAUUGUAUCGUCUGUUUUUGUGUGCUUAAAUCUUCCUAGUUACAUAAUGCGUAUUAAAGCGUUUUUGAUUGAAAAUGAUGGCAAAUCUUCUCAAGCAACUGUCAUUACGCAGUAUAUUUGCUGGUUCUUCUUCAUUACCAACUUUGGAAUUAAUUUCAUGAUAUAUUGUUUAAGUGGACAAAACUUUAGAAAAGCACUGAUUUCAAUGUUUAAAUGUAAAGGAUGUGCACAAACUACAAGACAGCAUGAUGGAACCCAAAAUACAAUUUCAGAGUAUAUAAAGACUUCAAAUUCUACAGCAUCAACAAAACGACGUAUUAUCACCCGAAAAGAGUUGCCUGGCAAUGACAGUCAAGAACUUCAUUACUUUAACACUAGCAUGAAGAAAUCACGGAAGAUUUAGAAAUCACAUCCUUAUUUAAACUUCACAUUCUUUUCAUUCUUUACAUACAUUUUUGUUAGGCACACGCACUUUUGUGAUUAAAUACAUGAUGUACAUAUAAAAGGAUUUUUCUUUUCAAUUCCUUUUAUGCUUUUGUAAAAA